CAGUUCGCCGUCUCACGCCGGAGGAGACGUGUUGGGGCCGGGUUCGGCUCUCAUGAACUCUGACCCAAGCAUAUGAGUUUCUCUUUCCGGGACAAGAUGGCGCCGUCCACGCCGCUCCUUACAGUCCGAGGGUCAGAAGGACUAUACAUGGUGAAUGGACCACCACAUUUUACAGAAAGCACAGUGUUUCCAAGAGAAUCCGGAAAAAAUUGCAAAACCUGUACCUUUAGUAAGGAUGGGACCUUGUUUGCCUGGGGCAACGGAGAAAAAAUAAAUGUUAUCAAUGUCACUAACAAGGGACUACUGCACUCCUUCGACCUUCCAAAGGCAGUUUGCCUUGAGUUCUCGCCAAAAAACACUGUCCUGGCAACAUGGCAGCCUUACACUACUUCUAAAGAUGAUACAGCUGGGAUACCUAACCUACAACUUUAUGAUGUGAAAACUGGGAUGUGUUUGAAGUCUUUCAUCCAGAAAAAAAUGCAAAAUUGGUGUCCAUCCUGGUCAGAAGAUGAAACUCUUUGUGCCCGAAAUGUUAACAAUGAAGUUCACUUCUUUGAAAACAACAAUUUUAAUACAUUUGCAAAUAAAUUGCAUUUGAAAAAAAUUAAUGAUUUUGUGUUAUCACCUGCACUCCAGCCGUACAAGGUGGCUGUCUAUGUUCCAGGAAGUAAGGGUGCACCUUCAUUUGUUAGAUUAUAUCAGUACCCCAACUUUGAUGGACCUCAUGCAGCUUUAGCCAAUAAAAGUUUCUUUAAGGCUGAUAAGGUUACAAUGCUAUGGAAUAAAAAAGCUACUGCUGUGCUGGUAAUAGCUAGUACUGAUGUUGACAAGACAGGAGCUUCCUACUAUGGGGAACAGACGCUGCAUUACAUUGCCACAAACGGAGAAAGUGCUGUGGUGCAAUUACCAAAAAAUGGCCCCAUUUAUGAUGUAGUUUGGAAUUCUAGUUCUACUGAGUUUUGUGCUGUUUAUGGUUUCAUGCCUGCCAAAGCAACAAUUUUCAACUUGAAGUGUGAUCCUGUGUUUGACUUCGGAACUGGCCCUCGUAAUGCAGCCUACUACAGCCCUCAUGGACAUAUAUUAGUACUAGCUGGAUUUGGAAAUCUGAGGGGGCAAAUGGAAGUGUGGGAUGUUAAAAACUACAAACUUAUUUCUAAACCGGUGGCCUCUGAUUCUACAUAUUUUGCUUGGUGCCCAGAUGGUGAGCAUAUUUUAACAGCCACGUGUGCUCCCAGGUUACGUGUUAAUAAUGGGUACAAGAUUUGGCAUUAUACCGGUGCUGUCUUGCACAAGUAUGAUGUACCAUCAACUGCAGAAUUAUGGCAGGUUUCUUGGCAGCCAUUCUUAGAUGGAAUAUUUCCAGAAAAAGCAAUAACUUACCAAGCAGUUUCAAGUGAUGUACCUAGUGAAGAACCUAAAGUUGCAACAGCUUAUAGACCCCCAGCUUUAAGAAAUAAACCAGUCACCAAUUCCAAACUGCAUGAGGAGGAACCACCUCAGAAUAUGAAACCACAACCAGGAAAUGAGAAGCCGUUAUCAAAAACAGCUCUUAAAAAUCAAAGGAAGCAUGAGGCUAAGAAAGCUGCAAAGCAGGAAGCAAGAAGUGAUAAGAGUCCAGAUACGGCACCUACCCCUGCCCCACAGAGCACACCACGAAAUACUGUCUCUCAGUCAACUUCUGGAGACCCUGAGAUAGACAGAAAAAUCAAGAACCUAAAGAAGAAACUGAAAGCAAUCGAACAACUGAAAGAACAAGCAGCAACUGGAAAACAGCUAGAAAAAAAUCAGUUGGCGAAAAUUCAGAAAGAGAAAGCCCUUCUCCAGGAGCUGGAAGAUUUGGAACUGGGUAUUUAAAGAUUCAAAGAAAGCAAGUUGGUUACCAGAAAUCAGUGCAAACAUAUUUUCUGUUAAACCCAUUGGUGUACAUGGAAUAUUCAUAUGCCCACAUUUAAUGUUCACUUAUAAUUUUAACCAUUUAUCCAAGAUUCUGCAUAUGUGUGGAAUUAUUUAAUAAUGUCUGUUACAUUGAUUUUUACCUCCUGCAUCCUAUAUCAUGUCAACACAUGAUAUAGAAAAGAGACAUAGGAUUUUUUUUUAAGCUAAGCUUGACAGAUUGAAAGACCAAUGUCAUUGUUUUUUAGUAGGGGACAGUAUUUACCAUAUAAAUGAAUAAAGAUGUUUUAAAUUUGA